AUGCAGCCGCUCAGCGGGGGCCUCAUCGCCUUCAGCACGCUGGACGCGCGGCCCUCCGCUCAUGACUUCGAUAACUCCCCGGUGCUGCAGGACUGGGUCACGGCCACAGACAUCAAGGUGGUGUUCAGCCGCUUGCACACGUUCGGAGACGAGAACGAGGACGACUCUGAGCUCGCGCGGGACUCGUACGCGUACGCCGUGUCAGAUCUGCAGGUGGGCGGCAGGUGCAAGUGCAACGGGCAUGCGUCAAAGUGCGUCAAAGACAGAGAGGGAAACCUGGUGUGUGAGUGCAAACACAACACCGCGGGCCCCGAGUGCGACAGGUGCAAACCCUUCCACUAUGACCGGCCCUGGCAGCGCGCGACCGCCCGGGAGGCCAACGAGUGCGUGGGUAAGUUCUCCUGGGGAACGGGGACGUGUGGGGAGGGAGCGCCUCAAUGGCUGUGUGUGACUGUGUGUAACAGUGUGUAA